UGCAGGAUACCUCUUUUGGUUUCCCUGACUUCUGUUUUUUUUAAUACUGUGUUAUGCUUGUUUGUGUAGCACUCCUCACAGGAUGUUUGGUGUACGUUUUCUGGGGGGUAGAAUUAGAAUCAGAAUUGCAACACAAGAUUAGUCCAUAAUUGUAUGUUCACAGAUUAAAUUUAAUGUUUAUGUUUCAUGUUUCACACAUGGCUUUUCUUACAAUCCCAACAAUUUAAGUAUGGGUUUUCUUACGACCCUAACGAUUCAACCUUUUGGCAGCUACCUGGCUCCAUACAUAAUCCUACCUCUCCCCGUUUUCCAGUCGUUCAGUACAGCACUGUUUCCUAUCAAUUGAAUGUCCCAGAACGUACAAAAGUAUUGAACUCAGCCAACUACAAUUUAGCUUUCUGCCACAUGCAAGUAAAUCGACGCUUUUCAUUGGCUGAUAUGCAUUUUUAACUGGAGAAUCCAUUUAACUUUAAAUUGUUGCUUAUGUUCGCAAGUACGUCACUGAGGUCUCUUAGUUAUGUCCAACGUUAUCAAUGAACAAUGCAUGUUUUUCUUGACCAAAUGCGACACAAUCCCAUUGCCUUCCAGUCAAAAAACUACACUAACCGCAUUAUCUGCAUUGCGUCUUAUUUCACCCAGGACAAAGUGCAGAGUUGUGUCUCUCGCUUCACAUCUGCGACUCCUACACUCACUUCCCUGAAAUGGAAACUGGGCGGAGAUCUCGUUCCUGAAGCUCGAAAGUGAAAGUAUAAGAAGCAUUAUAGAAGGCUUGAUGCUUUUUGUAGCUUGAUGGUUAACAUUAUCACAGGUUUGUAAACCGUGUAAGGCUUAUCAUUAUCGUAACCUAUGUGGGCUGUACAUGGACCAAUGAGAUUGCGCGCAUGUCGGCCCCUUCCUCAACUGUUCAUCGAGUGUGUGCCACGGACACCACCAUUUUUGAUCAAUGCUCAGGAGCCUCAGGACUGUCAGGACUGUCAGCCUCGGGACUGUCAGGAGCCUCGGGACUGUCAGGAGCCUCGGGACUGUCAGGAGCCUCGGGACCCAGAUGAUUCACAAAGAAUCAAACAGAACAGAAAAAGGAUGAUCAUUACAGGAGCAGCAGCAACCGUGGGAGCAACUGCAGCAGUGUUGGGGGCACCAGUAGCCCUGGGAGUGGCAGGUUUGACUACUGUUGGGGUUGCUGCUGGAGCAACUGCAGGGGGCGCCGCAAUAGGAACGGGUACAAUUGCUGCAGCAGCAACAGCAACAGUGGGAGCAGUUGCGGCAGUGGCAAUGGCACCAGUUGUCCUAGGAGCGAUAGGAUUCACUGCUGGUGGGAUUGCUGCUGGAUCAUAUGCAGCAAGCAUGAUGUCUGCAGCAGCUGUGGUAAAUGGAGGUGGGGUAGCAGCAGGGGGUCUUGUUGCUGCUCUACAGUCAGCAGGUGCUGCAGGGCUUUCAGGAGCGGCUACAGCGGCGGUGGGAGGUGCUGGAGCUGCGAUUAGUGGAGCCUUGGGAUGGGGGGCCGCAGGAGCAGGGUUCUCAGGAGCGGCAGCAGCUACUACAGCAGCUACGGCAGGUGCUGCAGGGCUCUCUGCAACGGCUACAGCAGCCGCGGGAGGUGUUGGAGCAGCAGUUGGGGGAACAGCAGGAUGGCUGGCCUCAAGGACAAGGACACCUGAAAAGGAGGAAGGAAAAGAUACAGGAGCAGCUACAGCAGCUGCUGCAGGAGGUCUUCCUCUAGGUGCCACAGGAGAGGCUACAAAGGCUGUGGGAGGUGUUAGAGCAGCAGUUGUUGGAGCGUCUGAAGGGGAGGGAGGAGUCGAGGAGAGAGAGCUUUCAGGAACGACUACAGCAGCUGCAGAAGUCUUCAUCUAGGUGCUGCAGGGCUUUCAGGAGAGGCUACAGCAGCUGUGGGUCGUGUUAAAACAGCAGUUGGUGGAGCGGCGGGUUGGCUGUUCUCAA